UAUAUAUGUCAUUGGUCCGAGCAAAGCGAUAUAACCUCACUUUUUAUAAAAUGUCAGGCUCCGAGUCUGAUGAUGAUUUACCUCAAUUAUCUGUAGAAACGUUUGGGGCAUUGCAAGAAUUUUACAAGGAACAGGAAGAAAGAGAAAGUAAAAUUAAUUAUGUUAUAAACAAUGGAGAUGUCACAUUUGAAGAAGAUUGGCAACUUAGUCAAUUUUGGUACGAUGAUAAUACCAUUGAUAUAUUGGUAAAAAUAGUGGUACAGGCUGUUGGAAAAACUGGAAAAGUAGCUUUAAUAUCAUGCCCCACAUUGUAUAAAAAAUUGCGGCAUGAAGCAGAGCCUGGCUGUGAAAUUACUUUAUAUGAAUUUGAUAAAAGAUUUUCUGCAUUUGGAGAAGAUUAUGUAUUUUAUGACUAUAAAUCACCAUUAGGUGUUCCUAGAGAUAAAUCCGAUUAUUAUGAUAUAGUGAUAGCGGAUCCUCCGUUUUUAUCUGAAGAAUGUAUUACUAAAACUGCCGUUACUAUUAGAUAUUUAACAAAAAAUAAAAUAAUUUUAUGUACAGGCGUUAUAAUGGAAGAUUUAGCAAAAAGGCUUCUAGAUUUAAGAAAAAGUACCUUUGAACCGAAGCACAGGAAUAAUCUAGCAAACGAAUUUGGUUGUUUCACAAAUUUCGAAAUAGAAAAACCAUCAUAGCGAUAAAUAAAAGA